UUCCGCUUUUACGACGUCACAUCCGCAAGGAGGUCUAGAUCCAAAAUGGCUGCUGCAGCAGGCGCCUCCGGUGCUCAGGGUAGCACCAGGGAUGAAGCGUUUCAGACGUUUUAUACAGAGGUGAAGCAAAUUGAAAAGCGAGACUCAGUACUGACAUCCAAACAGCAGAUAGAUCGAUUGUUGCGACCCGGUGCGACGUAUUUCAACCUGAACCCGUUUGAGGUUCUACAGAUUGACCCAGAGGCCACAGAUGAGGAGCUGAAGAAGAGGUUUCGCCAGUUGUCCAUUUUGGUCCAUCCGGAUAAAAACCAGGAUGAUCCCGACCGAGCACAGCAGGCCUUCGAAGCGGUCGACAAGGCGUACAAGCUGUUAUUGGAACCCGAGCAGAAGAAAAGGGCCGUGGACGUGAUUCAUGCAGGAAAAGAAUACGUCGAGCAUGAAAUGAUUCAGAAGAGGAAGCAGCUGAAGAAAGAGGGCAAGCCCAUCGUGAUCGAGGAGGACGACCCAGAAAUGUUCCGGCAGGCUGUGUAUAAACAGACCAUGAAGCUGUUCGCUGAACUGGAAAUCAAGAGGAAGGAGAGAGAAGCUAAGGAAAUGCAUGAGAGAAAAAGACAAAGAGAAGAGGAGAUUGAAACACAGGAGAAGGCUAAGAGAGAGAAAGAGUGGCAGAAGAACUUUGAGGACUCCAGGGAUGGGCGUGUGGACAGCUGGAGAACCUUCCAAGCCAAAGGUAAAAGCAAGGAGAAGAAGAACAGAACGUUCCUGAAGCCUCCCAAGGUCAAAAUGGAGCAAAGAGAUUAAUAAUCAUGUGAAGAAAGAAAGGAAACGAAAAGAAAAAACAGAGACAUGGAAGUCCAACCAUCUACACCUUCUCUUCUGGGUUUCCCCUUCAGGGUGUGUGUGUGUAGGAAUGUGUGUGUGUGUGUGUAGGAAUGUGACUCUCAGCGCUGUGGAACAACACCUUUAUCUCCCACAUCCCCGUGUAGUCUUUCUCCCCAUCUGCUAAGGGGAAAAGUCGUCCUGUGGCUGGAUGGACGCUUGUCACUAUUUAAAUACUGUUUGUUGCAGCAAAUUGAUCUGUCAUCAAAGUAGUUUCUACAAGAGCAAAAAAGAUUUUUUUUUUGCCCCCUUUUUUUUUUAAAUCAUUUGUACAUAUUUGUGGGUUUAAUGUUAAUUGUUCACAAGAAAAAAUGCUUUCUUUUUGUUCUUUUAUUACCCCGUCUCCCAGAAUAAAACUUGUUUGUAUCCUACAUUAAAAUUUAA